AGAGAAAGAAAACGACAGAGAGAGAGAGAAAGGGAGAGAGAGAAGAGGAUUGAGCUGGGAGCAUCCAUCCGCUCUCCUGUGACUGUUGGUUGGUGACUUCCUCUUUUGCAUUCAGAGUCUUCCAGUGUAAUCUGUUCUGGUGGUGGACUCUUGACUCUGGGCUCUUUGUUUGGCUCACUUUCUCUGACCACUGGGUGUCCUUGGAUUCUAAAGUUCCACAUGAAGUUAGAGGCAGUCCCUGGUGCCCCCCAGGAUGGGGAUUUGGAAUUUGUUUUGGCCACUGACAAGGAGUUUGAAGAGAUCGUAUCUAUGUCCCAUGGCAUUUAUGGGGGUCUUGAUUAUUUGCCGAGUAGAUACCACAGCUGGAUCGGUGAGAAGGACAGGAUGGUUGUACUUGCAAAGAAAGGAGGGAAUGUGAUUGCCCUUCUCUCCAUGUUUAUUGUGGAUGGAGGACAGACGGCUCUUCUUGAGGGGCUCCGAGUGGCCCCGUGGGAGCGUGGUAGAGGUGUAGCAGGGGUAUUACAGAGGUUUUGCUGCCAACUGGUGAAGCAUCGAUAUCCAUCUGUAAAAGUGAUGAGGUUGACGAGGGACGACAAACUAACGGCAAAGGAACUGACCAAAUACAGAGUUAUUGCAAAGCAGGGCAUUCUGCUUCUCCAAUUCAAUGCACCUGAACUUUCUUCCCGUCUCUCAUCCCUUCCUUUACCUCCUGGGCCUUCUUGCCCACUACCCCCCAUUCUCCUGAAUCCUGAUCAUGUCCGUAGUGUCUUCCUGGAAAGAGGAGGCAUCUUGAAAGACCUCCUCCCCAACCAGACCGUCAUCCAGGACUGGCAACCGUUUCAGGCACUGCCUGGUAACCAUGACCUACUCCGUCGCAAAUCCCUGCGCUGGAUGGCGGAUGAUCUUGCACAGCCCCGGGUGGCUACUGUCUGCACUCCACCUUUCCCAGUCCCUGCAGGGCCCCUCUGCUUCUACCUCAACAUUGAUGUCUUCGGUUCAGGGCUUCGAGGUACAAAAGAGCAGCUUCUUUCCCACCUGGCAGCAUUUGCCCCGUCCCUGCCAGGUGAUGUUAAAUGCCAGCUCUUCUUACCUCCAAGCAUGUGGAGGCCCAUGGCUGAUUUCUGCACCUCUGUUCUGGGAUUUCAUUUGGAGAAAGGUUACACAGAGCAAUACCUCCUCGAGUCUGAUAUGUAGAGGAUUGUGGGGUAACACUCCAAACACUCCUCAGCUAGAAUGGGCAAGUAAGCCUUCUUCCCUAGAUAUUUACUGCUUCCCCUUUGCUGAGACGUUCCUUCUUUUUACAUUUGACUCCCCUCAGCUGGUACCCUCACCACACAUCCAUAUUUAUAUAUAUAUAUAUAUAGCCCUUCCCAAGAAAACAAACCCCCGCAUCAUGAUCAUCACCCAUAUAUACGUAUAUAUGCUAUAAAGGAUGCUGCACUGUACAUAGUGGAAAAAAGUGUGUAUGUAUAAUAAUAUGUUAUAAGCAGAAACCGAAAGACACCUACACUUAGAUAUUUCUGAAAUUAAUUAGGGUUCUUCUCAAAAGUUACUGCUUUCAUCAGUCUUGCUAAAACUUGUCAGUACCUUAUUUUACUAAAAAGCUUUAAAGGAGCACUAUAGGGUCAGGAACACAUCAAGCCACCCUGGUCCCCUCAUGUCUCCCUAAAUAUAGUAACAUCUUACUUGUAUUCAAGCCUGAAGAUGCAGGCAUUGUCCCUGUUUCCUUUAGACCUGCCCACUGCUUGCUGACAUGAGCAGAAGCGGUAGCCUGAUCCAAUCACAGUGCUGCCCCAUAGGAUUGGCUGACAAAGAGGCAGAUCAGGGGCAGAGCCAGCAUGAUUCAAACACAGCCCUGGCCAAUCAGCAUCUCCUCAUAGAGAUGAAUUGAAUCAAUGCAUCUCUAUGAGGAAAGUUCAGUGUCUGCAUGCAGAGGGAGGAGAUACUGAAUGUUUGGAUGCAUUUUAGGCAGCCAUGACCCAGGAAGGAUCUCUAACAGCCAUCUGAGGAGUGGCCAGUGAAGGUAUACCUAGGCUGUAAUGUAAACACUGCAUUUUGUCUGAAAAGAUAGUGUUUACAGCAAAAAGCCUUAAGGUAAUGAUUCUAUUCACCAGAACAAAUACAAUAAGCUGUAGUUGUUCUGGUGACUAUAGUGUCCCUUUAAUUUGCUACUAGCUUAUAUUUUGCUUCCUAUUGAAGGAAUUAAUAGCAUUCCAAAGCUUUUAGAUGCAGCAAGACUCACAAUCAAAAUAC